CUCAAGUAAUCAAUUUUUUUUUUGAGAAGGAAAACUCUGUUGUUUCAGUAGUUUAGACCGAGUAAAAGCCAACUGGCAAACUCAUGAUUCCCAAAUCCCAUUAUUGGAAACGUAUCCAAAUCCGUACCCUCCCCAAGCCCACUCUUCAAGCUCAUGGAUCCGUCCAGCUUCGUCGGAUGUUCUCCCAGACUCGUCGCCUUGUCCCAACAGCUCCGCCUCUACAAGCCACAGCCUACCUUCGAGGACUCCGAGGAGCAGGACCUCGAAGGAAGCGCUGUGAAAGUGGUUUCCCAAUCCCAAGUCGGUUUUGCGGAAUCGGCCACCCCAAUUGCACAAGAUCCAGAAAGGUUUAGACCCAAGAGAGCCGCUGUUUUGGUCUGUCUCUUUGAAGGGGAUGAAGGGGAUCUGCGUGUCAUUCUCACUAAGCGGUCUUCGAAGCUGUCCACGCACUCGGGUGAAGUAUCAUUGCCUGGUGGGAAAGCUGAGGGGGAUAAGGAUGAUGGGGAUACGGCCACAAGGGAGGCAAGGGAGGAGAUUGGGCUGGAUCCUUCACUUGUGAAUGUUGUCACAGUACUUGAACCAUUCUUGUCGAAGCACCUCCUGAGAGUUUCACCUGUCAUUGGCAUACUCAAUGAAAGGAACUCAUUCAAGCCUGCUCCAAAUCCUUCUGAAGUGGAAGUGAUAUUUGAUGCUCCCUUGGAAAUGUUUAUCAAGGAUGAGAAUAGGAGAGCAGAGGAGAGAGAUUGGAUGGGACAGAAGUAUAUCCUGCAUUUCUUCGACUAUGAAAUCGAGAAUAAGAAGUACAUGAUAUGGGGUUUAACAGCUAGCAUCUUGAUACGGGUUGCAUCAGUUGUAUACCAGCGGUCACCAGCUUUUGUAGAACAAAAUCCCAUUUUCAAGUUUCCGAAAGUUAUUGAUAAUGAUACCGUAGUGCCUUAAAUUCAAGCAAGUAUGUUUUGGGUGGUAAUUACCCGUAAUCAUCCUUCCUUCAAUAAUGUCCCCGCAACUAGCAGUUGUUGGACUAGUAUUUUGUAUUGAAGUUAAAUUUUGAAUUUGAUGAAAA